AUGUCUUUCGAAACCACAGGUACCAUUGCCUCCUUUGGGGGCAAGCUUCUCAAGUUGAAGCACAAGUCCGAGAGCACAAACACAGACAUGGAGCUUAACAUGUUCCUACCUCCGCAAGCACUCAAGUCCGGAGCCAAGGUCCCCGUUUUGUUCUACCUCUCUGGACUCACAUGUACCGGCAACAACUGCUCGGAGAAGGGCUUCUUCCAGCACGGCGCAGCUAAGCACGGCAUUGCCGUCGUAUACCCCGACACAUCACCAAGAGGUCUUCAGAUCGAAGGUGAAGAUGAAGCAUACGACUUUGGAUCUGGCGCAGGCUUUUACGUUGAUGCCACCAAGGACCCAUGGUCGAAGGGCUACAAGAUGUACUCUUACAUCACCAAGGAGCUUCCUGAAGCGUUGUUCUCAUCCUUCAAAGAACUCGACUCGAGCAAAGUCAGCAUCACAGGGCACAGCAUGGGCGGUCACGGUGCAUUGACAUUGUUCCUCAAGAACCCUGGCAUGUACAAGUCCGUCUCCGCAUUCGCCCCUAUCGCCAACCCUAUCAACUGUCCGUGGGGUCAGAAGGCAUUCAAGGGAUACUUUGGCGAAGACCAGCAACAAAAGUGGAAAGAGCACGACGCGUCAGAGCUGGUAAAGCAAUGGAAGGGUCCUCUGGAGGUGCUCAUCGACGUGGGCACCGGAGACAACUUCUACAAGCAAGGCCAACUACUUCCAGAGAACUUCGUCAAGGCAGCUAAGGAAUCUGGCAACGACAAGGGCAUUCAACUACGUAUGCAGCCCGACUACGACCACAGCUACUACUUCAUGGCUACAUUUGCCGAUGACCACGUCGAGUGGGCGGCGAAGCAUCUGAACGCGUAG